GGCCGGUUUCGCGCAACGCUCCCCAUAACGUCCCGCCAGCUGUUGGAGUUUUACGUUUGUUUUAAAUCAAACGGCAACCGAACCGCUCGGAACGCUGUCGCGAGCGCCCGUCCGUUUUCCCGCGACUCUGUGAUGCACAGCCAACCGUAAGCGACCGGGACCCGGAACGUCUUUCGUCGCGGCACGCAGAGAAAGCGGGACGGGCGCGCGCGCGUUGUUUAUCGGCGGAGCAUUUUUUUAUCACCCGGUUUAUGUACGCGUGUGGGUCGUCUCCGACGGCUUAGAUCUUUCCGAUAUCCAAGAUACAAGAUCGAUUUGCGCCGAUCCCCUCGUUCGGGCAACAAGGAAGGGCUCGUCGUCGCGAACAAUGGCCACGAUCAGGGUGUACCAGGAGGAUCAGGAGAACCGCGUCGGCGCCGAUGUACGCGCCCGCGGCAAGGAGAACCUCGUUACCGCCGCGAGCACGCAAACGCAGGCCUUCCAGUCGAACAAACGCGCCGUCCUUGGUGUCCUGCACAAUAAUUGUCCGCGACACGGGACGAAGCUCGAGAAUUACAAGGAUGAAAAAUAUGUCAAAACAAAACCAUUCAUUCCCUCACAAUCAGAGUCUUUCAAAAUUUUUGAUGAUAAGAAAGGAGAAACAGUCUUCAAAAUUUACCAAGAUAAAUUGGAAGAAGAGACAUCUGUUGUACUUAGGGAUUCAAAAGAGAAGAAAGAGACAAAUGUCGUGCAAGAAAUAGUGGCAAAAUCCAAUUAUGAACAGAGAAUAAUUAAUAAAAACAGUGUUAAUUUUGCAGCAUUUCGUAGUACCAUCGAAGAAAUCUGUCAAAAUAAACAAGAUGAUAUCUUUUCAAAAGAUAGUCCCAUGUCUUUGGAAAAAUCAUUGGACAAGACAUUGGAUAAAUCUUUGACAUAUAGCAGUUCGUCCAAUAAUAAAGAAUAUAAAAUGAGAAGAGAAUGUAUUAAAGAAAUGAGAACUAAUUUCUUUGAUGUAGAUGAAUAUAGGGCUGAUAUAUAUAAUUAUUUACGUGUAUCAGAAACAUUACAUAGACCAAAACCUGGUUAUAUGAAGAAACAACCCGAUAUUACAUACUCGAUGAGAUCUAUAUUGAUAGAUUGGCUCGUGGAAGUAGCCGAAGAAUAUCGGCUGCAAGACGAGACGCUAUACUUGGCCAUCUCGUAUAUAGAUCGCUUCUUAUCAUAUAUGAGCGUUGUAAGAGGAAAAUUACAACUUGUUGGGACUGCCGCAAUGUUUAUCGCGGCGAAAUAUGAAGAAAUUUAUCCUCCUGAGGUAGGGGAAUUUGUAUAUAUCACAGAUGAUACAUAUACAAAAACACAGGUAAUAAAAAUGGAGAAUUUGAUACUGAGGGUUUUAUCAUUUGAUCUAACUGUACCGACGCAUCUCACAUUCUUAAUGGAAUACUGUAUCAGCAACAAUCUGUCGGAUAAAAUUAAAUUCUUGGCAAUGUAUUUGUGUGAAUUAUCAAUGCUCGAAGCAGACCCAUAUCUACAAUAUUUGCCCAGUCAUUUGGCUGCAUCUGCAGUGGCGCUUGCGCGACAUACAUUGCAGGAGGAGAUCUGGCCACACGAAUUAGAACUAUCAACAGGAUAUGAUCUGAAAACUCUUAAGGAAUGCAUCACACAUUUGAACAAGACCUUUUACAAUGUUCCCAAUAUUCCACAAGUAGCAAUACAAGAAAAAUAUAGAAGUAGCAAGUAUGGUCAUGUAUCUAUGCUGUUACCUCGUAGUACCGAGGCAGUAUCAUGCGAGGAUGAAGAUGAAGAGGAAGGCAUUUAGUAAAGGAUGUCUUAAGACAAACACAGGAUUAAAGUGACAUUUCUGUGUAUAAAUUACUAAUUGAAUCUCUGAUGAGAUUUUUAUGUAUUAAUUACGAAGAAGAGGAUCAAGGCAAGACUGACCUUUAAAAUGAAAAGUAUACAGUUUAUUUCUGUUAGCUUGUUUCGGUCUAGUCGACAUGUUUUGCAAAGGCAAAAAAUAAGCCUGGCUCUAUCUUCGUCGCAUAACAUUCUGCACCAUCAAUCCACAUGCAUUCUAGAUUGUGACCAUAUAAAAAUUUUAAUUAUUGUUUCGGGAGCUUUGUGUCAUAAUAUCUCCAAUAGAAUGCGAAGCUCUAAAGGGAAAACAUCUAGAAAUUUGUAUUUUUAUAAGUAUUUUUUUAAAAGGAUAGUUAUAAAACACAAACGCUUGCUUCUCGCGUGCUUCACACAGCGCAAAAUAAUUAAAUUAUCCUAAUAAGAAGAGUCAAAAACAAAAAUAUUUUAUAUUUAUUAUUAUUAUCGUUUUAUGUUAGAUGCACAAUUAACGAUAAAAACGGCAAAUUUUAUUUAAAAUAUUUCAGUGAAAUUAUUAGCACAUGUGUUUCGAUCAAUUUUUCAGUCAUUGUACAGUUAUUUAUUUACAGCAUUUUAGGUAUCCCUAAUUAGUAUCAAAUGCGUAGUUUGCUUUGUUAGAAAAGUAAGAUAUCUUUUUAUAUAUAUAUCCCUGUACUGCAUUAUAUAUAUAUAUAUACAAAAAGCAUUAGAUUAUGUGCUGUGCAAGAUUACACCAUAGAUUCCUUCGUGACACACAGUAGUAGUAACGUUCUCUCUGCACGAGAAACACUUCUAUAUCCAUCCAUUCAUUCAUAAUAUAUAUACAUGAAUGCACAUAAUAAUUAAUACAUUUGUUUCUCGAUGACACUUGCGAUUAUAUGUAUUUCACGUGCAAUUUUGCACAGCAUAAGUGCCACAUUUUAAUAUAAAACUCAAAAUACCUAGGUGUUCAAAUCUAAUAUGCAUGAUAAUAUGUUCAUAUAUAUGAAUUCAAAUAUAGAUAUAAAAAAAUGUUAUGGAAUCAUAAUACAUCGUUAUGUACACGAUUGAGUAUUCAGUUCUGCAUUAAUUGUAAAUUACGUUUAUCUCAGUUUCAUAGAUAAUUGAAGAUAAGUAUAAGAAAAUCUGAUAAUUAUACCUACGUGAAAUAUAAAUGACUUCGAGGUGUGUCAAAAUGUUAGGUACAUUCAAGAUAUAAAAAUCAAACCUAUCCAUUUAUAGGAGUCCUAAAUUAAAAAUAACGUAAACAUGUUAUUAAAUUUCAAAGAAUAUAUUUCGUAAGGAUAGUUUCGAAAAGCGGUCCUUUUUUAUAUCUAAUGAUUCUAUGAUGCUGCCAGUCUUUGAUAAAAAAUUGAAAAUGUACGUAUGUUUUUAUGAUAUUUUUCUAUAUAUAUAUAUAUAUCUGACAUAGUGCGUUUUAUACCACGUUAAAAAUAUAAAUUAUUCCGAAUUGUUUCGAUUUUAUACGAAAUCGUAUCAAAUGUUCCCGUAAAAUGUGAAUUCAUAUAGAGAAAAAAAGGAUUAAUAUAUAAUUGUAAAUACUAAAAAUUUGUUCUCUUACGGACGCUUUGGAAGGAUAUUUUACGAAGAGGAAUAAAAAAGGAAUGAAACACAA